ACAGAUGCGGGUGGUGCGCCAGGAGGCGCAUAAACUAGUUUGUGUGGUCACGAUUAGCGACGCAAAAUAGUUCGUCAUGAGCCGAAUCGCGUCGGAAUUUCUCUGGUGACGUGAGGCGGAUUAUUUUUACGCCACAAGAAGCUUUUAUUACCGCUAAAGUUGCAAGUUUGCAUGUUGGAGAGCCCGCGCAACGGAUUGCUUUUAGAAAUGUACUGUGAAUCCUCAACUUGCAUUUGCAGCUGAGCUAUAUGUGAAAGAGAAUGAGAGCCAGUGGAUGCCUGUGUCUCCAUCAGUGCCAGUGUUUCUCCAUGAGUUCAGUGACGGUCUCCGGCUGCUCCAAAUCAUUGCGCACGGCGCACCAAUUGAAUAAAGACACUCUGUCUCGGCUGUUCUCCAUCAGAGAGGUUUGAACAUCUUUUUAUGAGCACCUUAGAAAUUAAGGCACUUGAUUCGAAGCGUUUGGACAGGUGUGAUUGUGAAUACAUCGCGCACGCAGCUGGAUUUUCGGCGCAUUGGGCAGGAUUCAGCACCACGGCUGCGGACAGCUCCCGUUCCCCCGUGACGCGCGUCUGGAUGGCCGCUGCUCGCGUCUCUCUGUCGCUGCUCUGAUCCGCUCUAUUCGCGAUGGCAUCACACGGGUUUUGGUUUUUAGGUGCUGAAAACGCGGCUGGAAACGGCAGUCAAAGCCCGAACACCCCCAGAGCAUGGUGUCAGGCGGCGGCCCAGAAAUUCAGCGGAGGCAUCGGCUCUAAAUUAUGUGCUCUGUUAAAUGUCGGGGAGGCUGAGAAAGCAGCUCAAGCCCCGGUUAAAGCUGAAGAUGAGCCUUCAGCCGAGAGCUGCGGCUGUAAUAAACCCUGUAACUGCUCCAAAGCCACCGCGUGUUUCUCUGAUCUCUAUUCAACAGAUCUUUUACCUGCAUUGGACGGGGACGCGAAGACUAUGAAUUUUCUGCAGGAGGUUGUUGAUAUAUUGCUGGCUUAUAUAGUGGAAUCUUUUGACAGAUCAACGAAAGUGAUUGAUUUUCACUAUCCAAAUGAAUUGCUCCAAAGGAAUAAUUGGGAGCUUUCGGACGAACCCGAGACUUUAGAUGAUAUUCUGAUCAGCUGUCGCGCUACGCUAAAAUACGCCAUCAAAACCGCACACCCCAGGUAUUUCAAUCAGCUCUCCACUGGGUUAGACGUGGUUGGCUUGGCUGCGGAUUGGCUAACGUCCACUGCCAACACCAAUAUGUUCACCUAUGAGGUGGCUCCAGUCUUCGUGUUGUUGGAGUACGUCACGCUGAAGAAGAUGAGGGAGAUCAUUGGCUGGCAGGAUGGCCGCGGUGAUGGAAUAUUCUCCCCGGGUGGCGCCAUUUCCAACAUGUAUGCCAUGCUACUGGCUCGCUAUAAAAUGUUCCCUGAGGUGAAGGAGAAAGGAAUGUCAUCCGUACCUAGACUGGUGGCCUUCACAUCUGAACAUAGCCAUUUUUCAAUUAAGAAAGGAGCAGCCGCACUUGGAAUCGGUACAGAAAGUGUCAUCUGUAUUAAAGCCGAUGAAAGGGGUAAGAUGAUUCCUUCCGACCUUGAGAGGAGGAUCAUUGAAGCCAAGCAGAAGGGAUACGUGCCGUUCUUUGUCAGCGCCACGGCCGGCACUACGGUUUAUGGUGCCUUUGAUCCUUUGAUCGCUAUAGCGGACAUCUGUAAGAAGCAUGAUAUCUGGAUGCAUGUGGAUGGAGCAUGGGGCGGAAGUUUGCUAAUGUCCCGGAAACACCGGUGGAAGCUGAAUGGAGUCGAGAGGGCUAAUUCUAUGACCUGGAACCCUCAUAAAAUGAUGGCUGUGCCAUUGCAGUGCUCUGCUCUGCUGGUUCGAGAGGAGGGACUGAUGCAGAGCUGCAAUCAGAUGCAGGCCUGUUAUCUGUUCCAGCAGGACAAGCACUAUGAUCUGUCCUACGACACAGGGGACAAGGCCCUGCAGUGCGGCCGCCAUGUUGACAUCUUCAAACUAUGGCUAAUGUGGAGAGCUAAGGGCACUAUUGGUUUUGAGGCUCAGAUUGACAAAUGUCUGGAGCUUUCAGAAUAUCUCUACAACAAGAUCAAGGACAGGGAAGGAUAUGAUAUGGUGUUUGAUGGAAAGCCUCAGCAUACCAAUGUGUGUUUCUGGUACCUUCCACCGGGUGUGCGCUACCUGGAGGACAAAGUGGAGAAAAUGAAGCGUCUGCACAAGGUUGCCCCUGUAAUCAAAGCCAGAAUGAUGGAGUAUGGAACGACCAUGGUGAGCUAUCAGCCGCAAGGAGACAAGGUCAACUUCUUCCGUAUGGUCAUCUCCAACCCAGCUGCUACCUUUGAAGACAUUGACUUCCUCAUUGAAGAGAUUGAGCGACUGGGACAUGAUCUUUAAAAACUUACAACACCAAAACCUGUUACUGUGUCCCUGGAUGGAUCGAAUUUUGUUGUGAAUGUAACGGUAAAUCUUUGAUUCCUCUUCUCCAAAGUCACAUAAAGAUAGUAUGAUUUAAAAAAAUGACAAAAUGAAAAUAUCUAGACUUUAGUAUUGUAGCGUUGUUGUGGGCUUCGUGGUCCAAAGCCCUGUAAAAGUGUUACCGUCUGCUUUUACUGUCUAUCUUAGUGUCUUUGACAUGACUUUCUUUGUUUACAUGUGUUUAAUGAGAAUAUGAAGAGUUAUUUGCUUCUAUUCAGUGCAGGUCAUAAGUUUCUAUUUGACCAGUUAUUCAAAGUGCCAGAUUUCAUUAAUAUUAUAUAUGACUGUAUUAUAAUAGUAAAGACACAUAUUUAUCCAAAACCAUUUCAUCAUACCUAAAGCUUUUGCAAUCACAGACAAUAUGUGACUUACGUUUUACUGAUUUGUCAAGAUUCAGAACCAUAAGAGUUCUGAGCAAUUGAGUAUUAAGUGUGACAACGAAGUUCAUUAAUAGUUGACAGAACUUGGCACUAAUUAAUGUGCAAAAACAAGCACAAAUAUAAUGAUUGCACUGGAAAACAAUAUUGACGAGGCUGCCGUCAUCUAUAGUGAACAGUUACUUUAUAUAAACAUGUCUAUGUUGACAAAAAAAAUGUAACUUUAAAAUGUAAAACUAAGGUCCUUUAUAUGCUACUAUGCUUAUAAAAGUUGACAAAACUAAAAUUGUAAUAAUAAAAAAAGAACAAAAAUAAAUGUAUCCUCCCAGAACAAACCAACAAAUUUUAAAAUGAGAAUUCCACUUCAAAUGUACAAUUAAUUAACUAUAUUCUUUAUUCCUUUAGUUGGAAAUUCUGAAACUUUAUUCUUGGAAAAGUGCAAUAAAACAGCAUUUGAAUGGCGGUUAUUCUUGGAAACUCUGUGCUGCCCAGGUAGAUGUUCACUUUUAAGCAAGUAAAGUAAAAAAUUCAUUCUAUCAGCAAUGUCCCCUGAAAACAAACAAUAGCACAUGCACAUUAUAUACUGUAUUUAAAAAAAUCAAAACGAAUUUAGUCUAAACGUGUAGUAACGUCCUACAUACAUAAUAGCAAUAGAUUUCUUAAUUUACCAACCUGUUCAUAUACUUAUUUAGCUUUCUUAUAUAGAAUUAUAGAUAUUUCAGGGUAUUAACAGUGCUAAAUUUAAUAUUAUAUAUAAACUCCAAAAAGAAAAUAACACAAGCAUAAUAGGGUUCUGCCCUAUGAUAGUGUAAAUAGACUUUUAAGAUGUUCUUGACCAAGUACAUAUCUAUGUGAAUACAUUACUGUAUUGUAUAUAAGCCAGAGUCUAUUUGUGUGGUAAAAAAUAUUAUUUUCUCUAUUCAACAAAUAUUUAAUCAUAAAUGGUUGUGUGCGCGUGUCAGAUGUGUUGAAUAUGACGACUUGUGUAACUGCAAAGAUAUGUGUAUGAAGGAACUGGCUCCAAAUCCAAUUGAAGCCACUGCAUUUUAACAUACUAACUUGAAAUGAUUAUUAUAGCACAUUUCAGUAGUUAUGAGAGCCAUUUCUGAACCAAUGAUGGUUGUAUUUGUGCCCAAGUGAUAAACUUGACAUCCUGUGCCGAUUUGUAUUUUUGUGUGUUUGUAACUGUAUUGCCUUAGUAUUAAUUGCCAGUAUUGUCCAGUUCUCCUUAAGAGGAGCUUGUGCACUUUAGCUUAUAUGUAUGAUGAUCUGUCCAAUGGAUGUUCAUAGUUUGAUGUUUUAAGAAACUGAGCAUUGUCUGAAUGUGUCCCAGCUUGGAUGUCCGUUCAGGAUGAGAGUUGCUUUAUAGUUGAAAUCCUCUGUAGAUUUGCUAAUGCUACAUUACUACCUGUAUCCUUACAGGACGUUAUAGUCAACCCUGCUGAAAAACAAACCUGAACCAAGCCUAAUCUGGUCUGAGACGGUCUUCCAGCCUGGUCAGGCUGGAAGUCCAACUUCAACCAGCUAACAACCGGCUAGUUUAAGUUGCUUUUUCAGCACAGAAGGAAUGCUAAGUUCGUAAUUUUUGAGAUAUGAGUGUUCUUUCUGUCCCUUUUCAGGAUCGACAAGCUGUGUCACAUAGUUUGUGUAUUUUAAGCUCUUGUAAUCAUGACAAACGCAUUGACAUCCUCACCGUGGUAGUCUUGGAACGCCCACCGUACCGUCUUUCCCCGCUGCUGCUGCUACAAACCUGCUCUCUUUGCACGUGCAUGAACGCCUUGCCUUCCGAGCUUGUGAAAUACAAUCCCAGAUAUUCAAAUAUAUAUAUAAAUAGUGUAACCUGGUGUUAGUUUUAGUGGCAAUAUGGAUAGCUUAGCUUCAAAUAUAUAUAGUACACUGUCGCUAGCUUGCUCACUCUGUGUUAGCAUUACCCAACGUAUUUAUCUGCUAAGCAAGCAUGUUCUAUGUGGCUAGAAGUUGUAUGCUUUUGCAACCGUAUCUUUAUCUUUCUCUCUGUCUUUCGCUUUGGUUGUUUUCCGCAGCUUUAAUAUUAGUGUGUGUAGUUUCUUGGCAUGCCUCUAUAUAAGCAUAUUUAAAGUCUCAAUGUUUCUCUAUCGCACUCUCUCUUCUUCUUCUUCCUGUGUGUCUUUCUCUCUUGCUUUGCCCCGUAGCAGCUCUCAGACCUUUAAGAGCAGUGUUUUCCCACUGUUUCUCGGCUACCCAACAUGUCCAUCAGUUUGUCGAAUGAGGAAGUCAUGUGUUGUCAGGGUCACCCAUGUGACCGGGUUAAUUCAUUUUUUUCUUUCUCACCCAACAUUGCUUGAAAGAAAAGUGAUUAUCUGAAGAACUGAUGUUCAGAUGGAAGAUAUAAACCUAGUGUGUUGAAAUUAUAUAGAGAGAGGCAGAUAACAGACCCUCUUGAAAUGUGUUUUACUUUCAUGGGAAACACUAAUAAAUGUUACUGCCAAACAA